AUGGCGGCGACGACGGCAGCAGCUGCGGCGGCGGCGGUGUCGGUGGUGUCGGGGACGACGCGGUGGUGCCCGACGCCGGAGCAGCUGAUGAUCCUGGAGGAGAUGUACCGGGGCGGCCUGCGCACGCCCAACUCCACGCAGAUCCAGCAGAUCACGGCGCACCUCGCCCACUACGGCCGCAUUGAGGGCAAGAACGUCUUCUACUGGUUCCAGAACCACAAGGCCCGCGACCGCCAGAAGCUCCGCAGGCGCCUCUGCAUGAGCCACCACCUCCUCUCCUGCGCCCACUACUACGCCGCCGCCAACGCCGGUCACCACCACCACCUCCUCGGCGCCGUGGCUCCCAUGCAGCAGCAGCAGCACCAGCCGCAGUACUACUCCGCGUCCUGCGCCGGCGGCGGGUUUGACCAGCACCUGCUCCCCGCCGCAGUUCCGGCCCCGGCGGCUUACGCCGCUGCUGGGUACGGCUACCCGGCGUUUGCUGCGGCCACGGCGCCGACGACGAGCCGGUGUGCCCCCGGCGUCAACCCCUCGCCGCAGAACCCACUUUCGUCGACGUCCUUCAGCUACCAGGGAGGAGGCGGAUCGCCGGAGUACUCGCUGGGGAGGCUGGGAAGCUUCGGGGUGGUGGUGGAGGAGGACACGUGCCGGUCGUCGCGCUACGAGCAGCAGCUGCCGGUGCAGAUGGAAGACGCCGCGCCGGCGGCGACGGGGAUGUUCUGCAGGCCGCUCAAGACGCUCGACCUCUUCCCCGGCGCGAUCAAGGAGGAGCAGCGCGACGUCGUCUAG